CACUGCCAUUGCCUACAACUUAUCCACCUAAAACAAAACCAUCUGAUGAGCAGCAGUAUAGUGAAACUAACGCUGUUGACAGCGUUAGUAGCAUUGCUGUCCCUCAUCCUAUCUCCCAACAUCUUGGCUCCACCUGAGGUUCCAGCCUCCAACACCCUCCUUCAUAACGCCCAAACCAUCCACCUCCCUUCUGCUUUUGGACCCGAGAGCCUCGCCUUCGAUCCCCACGGACAUGGCCCCUACACAGGCGUUGCUGAUGGCCGGAUUCUUAAAUGGCAAGGUCAUGCCCUCGGUUGGACUGAUUUUGCCUUCAUCUCUGCUCGCAGGGAGGAUUGUGUUCGGCCAUUCGCACCAGAAACGGAGCAUAUAUGUGGAAGGCCGUUAGGACUACGAUUCGACAAGAAAACCGGCGAUCUUUACAUUGCAGACGCCUACUUCGGCUUCCAUGUAGUAGGUCCUGUGGGUGGCUUGGCUACUCAACUCAUCACUGAAGUUGAGGACCAACCCCUUUACUUCACCAAUGAUAUGGACAUUGAUGAGAUCGACGAUGUCAUUUACUUCACCGAUAGCAGUGCUAGCUUCCGGAGAAGGCAAUUCUUGCCAUCAAUCCUCAGCCAUGACAAAACCGGCAGGCUGCUGAAAUGCAACAAAUCAGGCAAGGAAGUGAAGGUUUUACUACGAGACCUAGCUUUCGCCAACGGUGUCGCACUGAGCGAGGAUCGAUCCUUUCUACUCGUUGCAGAAACCGCCGCUUGUCGCAUUCUAAGACUAUGGCUUCGUGGUCCUAAUGCGGGAAACGUCGAUGUUUUCGCAGAGCUUCCGGGAUUCCCGGAUAACAUAAGAAGAAAUACGAAAGGGGAGUUUUGGGUAGCUUUGCAUUCGAAAAGGGGACUCUUUGCUAAGUUGGCAUUGUCGUACGGGUGGUUCGGGAGAGCAUGGUUAAAGGUUCCGCUUGGUUUCAAACAACUGCACUCACUGUUUGUAGGAGGGAAACCCCAUGGCAUUGCUGUAAAGCUGAGUGAAAAUGGUGAAGUGCUUCAAGUUCUUGAAGAUACACAAGGCAAGACCUUGAGGUUUAUUAGUGAAGUUGAAGAGAAGGAAGGGGAGCUGUGGAUUGGAUCAGUUAUGACGCCUUUUAUUGGCAUUUAUAAUCUCUAACGUACUUUCCGAUUCACGUGAGUUUUAAUUCGAUUGAUAUUAUAUCUGAAGUUUGAAUCUUUUGUGUGGAAACCCUUACCCCUUCCUCGAUUAGUUGUAAAAUUGGUUGUUUCAGGAUGGG